UCCCGGGCAUCGUCCAAAAUACCGUGAGUAUACCAGAGUAGCCCCCUUGUCCUUAUUCGAAGGCAUAAUAAAGCACCUUUGAUGAUUGGCUUGGCAGCUAUAUGCGCCUAAAACAGCUUUGCGACCAAUCAAUAAUGCCAGGACUAUCUGCAUAAAGGAGUAAUACUAACUCUUUUCCGUAGUAUGAGCAAGCACAGAAGACGCCGGUACAAGCGUCAAAGGUCAUGUCGCCAGCUGGCCUCCCUAUAUCAACAUACACCAGGAUAACGAAACGAUCUGAAAUCGAAAAGAGAGGUUUCGAUAACUUUCUCAACGAUUACUACGACGAUGAAGGAUGGUGGGCGCUAGCUAUGAUCCAUAGCCAUGACCUUGGCGUUCAGGGCCUUGGUGACCAGCAGUAUCUUCAAGCUGCUGUCGAAAUUUUUGAGGAUAUGAAGAAGGGUAACUCGACAUGCGGUGGCAUCUUCUGGAGUAAAGUGACUACGUAUACAAACGCCAUCGCGAAUGAGCUCUUCCUCAGUGUUGCGGCUUCUCUUGCAAAUCGGAUACCCGAUCGGAAGGACUACUUCCUUGACACUGCCAUGACACAAUGGAACUGGUUCAAGAAUAGCGGCCUGAUCAACAGCGAGAAUCUGAUUAAUGAUGGACUUACCGACGAUUGCAAGAACAACGGCAUGCAGACGUGGACCUACAACCAGGGUGUCAUUCUAGGCGGUCUAGUCGAGCUUCACCAAGCUACGGGUGAUCAGUCACUGCUCACCGAGGCUCAAACCAUUGCUGCGGCGGCUAUCUCGCAUCUCACCAAGGACGGCAUUCUUAGCGACGGCUGCGAGCCCAACUGCGGGAGCGAUGGGUCGCAAUUUAAGGGUGUCUUCAUGCGGAACUUGCACUACUUACAAAAGGCGGCUCCCAUGGACCCCAUCAAGAACUUCCUGCUUACGAACGCUGAUACGAUAUGGGCUAAGAACCGUAACGCACAGAACCAGCUCGGAGGUAGCUGGGAAGGACCCUUCUCUAACGCCACGGCGGGCACGCAAAGCUCUGCCUUGGACGUUCUGGUGGCGGCGGCAGCUGUAGCAUGAUCGCGCCCCUUUUUGCGACUUGGAUAGGACCAUAGGCGAACCGGCGUUUGGGGUAAUUUAGCACGGGAUGUUAAGGAUACCACUAGGAUACCACUCAUUAUGAUUAUUUAGUCAUCUGCGCACCGCAGUUUUGGUUUAGGUGCAUUUUUAUAAUCAUCAAUAAAGUAAAGAUAAUCUUCUAUUCUCCCA